AUGAUGGCUUCUCCCUCAGAUCUUGAAAACCCAAUCGCCACCUCCACCCUCCCCUACUCCUACGCCCCAUUGCCUGACGGUGAACAACCCGCCGGAAAUGAUCGCACCAUCCGCCCAUCCAGAAAGACAGCCCUCUUUCUUGUGUCUGUCUUAUUGGCCGUCGCUUUUCUAGUCGCAUUGUUCGCCGGAAACAGGCCAAUGCUUCCCAAAAACUUGAACACCACUCCGGUGCCUUCCACGGAGGCGACGCCGGAAAAAGUAACACCUUCGUCUCGUGGGGUGGACAAAGGUGUGUCGGAAAAAGCUUUUCAUCCAUUGUUGGGUGCAGAUAAUUCGUAUCCAUGGAGCAACAACAUGUUGGAUUGGCAAAGAACUGCCUUUCACUUCCAACCCAAGAAAAACUGGAUGAAUGAUCCUAAUGGUCCAGUUUUUUACAAUGGAUGGUACCACCUAUUCUAUCAAUAUCAUCCCGAUGCUCCGGUGUGGGGCAAAAUUGUUUGGGGCCACGCCGUUUCUAAGGACCUCAUCAACUGGCGCCACCUUCCCAUCGCCAUGGAAACCGACCAGUGGUAUGACGAACAGGGUGUCUGGACUGGUUCCGCCACCAUCCUUUCCGAUGGUCAACUCGUCGUACUUUACACCGGAUCCACCAACGAAUCCGUCCAGGUCCAAAACUUAGCUUAUCCAGCCGACCCAUCUGACCCCCUCCUCAUCAACUGGGUCAAAUACCCCGGAAACCCGGUUCUCGUCCCACCACCCGGUAUUGAUAAUAAAGAUUUCCGUGAUCCAACAACCGCAUGGAAGACCCCGGAGGGAAAGUGGCGAAUCACCAUCGGUUCAAAGAUCAACAAAACCGGUAUUUCAUUGGUUUACGACACAGAAGACUUCAGAACCUUUGAGCUUUUAGACGGGUUGCUCCAUGCUGUUCCGGGUACGGGUAUGUGGGAAUGUGUUGAUUUUUACCCGAUAUCAAAACAAGGCGAAAAUGGUCUUGACACGUCAGUAGAUGGGCCUGGGGUCAAACACAUAGUCAAAGCUAGCAUGGAUGAUGAUCGAAAUGACUAUUAUGCCAUCGGUACUUAUGAUGCCUACAAGGGGAAAUGGACCCCAGAUAAUCCUACAUUAGAUGUGGGAAUCGGGUUGAGAUACGAUUACGGAAUCUAUUACGCCUCCAAAACAUUCUUCGACCAAAACAAACAAAGAAGAGUUUUGUGGAGUUGGAUUAAAGAGACAGACACCGAAGCCUCCGACAUUAAGAAGGGUUGGGCUUCUGUCAUGGGAGUUCCUAGAACUAUUGUCUUGGAUAAAAAAACACAAAGCAAUAUAAUCCAAUGGCCGGUCGAAGAGAUCAACAGAUUGCGUACAAAUCUAACGGUCUUUAAGGAUGUCGUGGUAGAAGCCGGCUCACUCGUGCCACUCAACUUGCCUUCAGCGUCUCAGCUAGAUAUUGUGGCUGAGUUUGAAGUGGAUAAGAAGACAGUGGAGCGAUUAAACGAAGUCGAUGCUGCAUACAAUUGUGCCAAACACGGUGGAGCAGCACAACGAGGAGUUGAUGGGAACCUUAAAACAUUCUUUUGUGCCGAUCAAUCGAGGUCAUCUAAUGCUAAUGAUGUCGAUAAGUCUAUUUAUGGGAGCAUUGUCCCAGUUCUCAAAGGUGAAAAGUUGUCGAUGAGAAUCUUGGUGGAUCAUUCGAUAGUUGAAAGUUUUGCACAAGAGGGAAGAUCGUGUAUUACUUCACGUGUUUAUCCAACAAAGGCAAUCAAUAGUAACGCUCAAUUAUUUUUGUUUAACAAUGCUACCGCAUCCAAAGUUACCGUCUCAGUCAAUGUAUGGCAAAUGAACUCUGCUCAUGUUUAA